AACUUAGUAGAUAUUGGGUGGAGAAUGGGGUGAAAGGGGUGAAGUAGAGGAAGCCCCUCUAGUAAGAUAGAAGAGAAGCCAAAGAAAACAUUUCAGAACAUUUCAGUUAACAUUAAAUGCUUGAAAAAAGUAGUUCAUUUAAAACAUACACAUGACAAGACACAAUUUGAGAUGCGUGGACUUUUACGUGGUACUUUAUAUUGUGCACUAUGGUACAGCAGCAUAGUGGCUGGUUUUCUAUUUAUUGCUUGCCCUAUGUUACCACUGUUAUUUUUUAGUCCUCCAAAGUUUCGAAAAUGUGGCGAUCUAUUACUUGCUUGUUGGGAACUUUAUUCCACAGCUCUUUUGAAAGUAUUUGGUGUAAAAAUUUUGGUAUCAGGAGACCAUAUAUCUCCAAAUGAAUCUGCUGUUCUUGUAAUGAAUCAUAGAACACGGGUGGAUUGGAAUUUUUUGUGGGCUGCAAUGUAUCAAGCAUGUUUACCUAAUGUAGCAACUCAUAGAUUAAAAUUUGUUUUAAAGGAUCCUAUACGACAUAUUCCAGGACCAGGAUGGAUAAUGCAAAUGUAUGGUUUCCUUUAUAUAACUCGUCGCUGGGAAGAAGAUCAAAACCGAUUGUCACGUACCUUGGAUUAUUUAGUGGCUCUUGAUAGGCGCUCUCAAUUGCUUAUAUUUCCCGAGGGUACUGAUCUAACAAAAAACAGCAAAGAGAAAUCUGACAAAUAUGCCAUGCAACAUGUUCUGCCACAAUAUUCUUUUACUCUUCAUCCAAAGACAACAGGAUUCAGUUAUUUAGUUCGACAUCUUCAACAAGCAAGUUAUCUCAAUGCUGUUUAUGAUUUAACGAUUGCAUAUCCUGAUUAUAUUCCACAAUCUGAAUUAGAUUUGAUCAAAGGAAAAUUACCAAAUGAAGUACAUUUUCAUAUUAAGCGAAUACCAUCAUCGGAUGUGCCAACAGAUGAUUUAACAUUAAGGCGAUGGUUAGAAGAAAAGUGGUUUAACAAAGAAGAAAUAUUAAAACAAUUUUAUGAAAAGAAAACUUUUCCUGCUGAAAUUUGGCCGUUAACAAAAUUACGUCCUUUACAUAUUGCCUUUAGUUUCUGGAGCAUUCUAACAGGAUGUAUGAUAGUUUUACUUAUUAUUUCACCAGUAUUCCAAUUAUGGACACUGGUACAUUCAGUUUUUUUUAUUGCUCUAUCAUUUUUUACUACUGGUUUUAAUCAACUUGAAAUGGGAUGGUAUUGGCGUUGGAGAACACACUUCCUUACAAAAAAAUAUGAUUAAUAAAAUUUUAAACUAUUUAAUGCAAAUAGAUUUCAGUAUUAAAUUCCAAUAUUAAAUUAAAUUAUUUCUAAAACUUUAUUAUAAAUAUUUUAGACAUUCAUAAAUAAUCUAUAUAUGAGUUUGGAGUAAAUUAAAGUUGAUUUAAUUUUCAAAAAUCGAUGAAAGAUAUUAAUUUUAACAAGUUUAUAUAUUAGAAAUUUUAAGUGGUAUAAUGACAAUUCAAAGCAGAGCAUAGAAUAUGUGGGAACACUUAUCUUAUAGAUAAUAUAUAAAUUUAAUAUGAACUAAUUUAAAAAAGUUGUUUUAGAACAAACACAAUUUAAUAUAUUUGACUGAAAUAUAUAAUAAUAAUGCUAGUUUAAUAUCAUAAAUUAAAGGUAUUACUAUAGUGUACUAGAUAAAAAAAAUGAUGGAACUAUAAAAUUAUAAUACUUUAAUGUUGUGGGAAAAUUAGCCCUCCAUAGAUUACUGAGUUAUAAAAAAGAAUUUAUAUUUUACAUUUUUUAGUUCUAAUUAUAGAAAAUAAAGAUUGUAUAUAUCAUAUAUACACCAUAAUAUUUAAUUUAUUCUUUUAUACCAUGUGCUAUGGUUUAAAAAUUACUGUUUUUCAUAAUUUUGUUUAUAUCUUGAUACAGUUUGUAAACUAUGGAGAGUUGAUACUAAUAUCGACAAGUUUUAAAAAAAAUAUAUUUUGCUAACUUAAAUGUUUAGGAUGUAGUAUCCUUUUCUCAUAUUCAGUGUUAAUAUUUAUAAAAAAUGGUUUCGAUUUAUAUAUAUGACAAUAUUUUAUUUUUGUUUCUAAAACCUGAGAAAAGAAGUAUUUAAUAUUAAAGUACAAUCAUAGAAAAAUUAACAAAUUUUCAAAUACCUUUUUUAUCCAACACUUAACCAACCAUACAAUUAGGUUAACAAUGUUUAAUAUCAAAAUAAUGGUACAAAACUCUAAUUAUUUAUGUCAUAUACAAAUAUUUCAGACAUUUUAAAAAUUGUACAUUACAAACAAUUAAAAUAUUACAUUUACACAAAUUACCAGAUCAAUUUUCAGAAAACUUUCUGUGUUACUUAGGAACGUACUUUAUACAAAAUUUAUGCAUGAAAUGUGUAUAAAAAUAUUCAGUUUAUUACAUGUUAUUGCUAGAGAUUAUAAUAUUAAUUUAACACAUAUAGUUUGAUAUUACAAAAAGAGUUCUAAAUUAAAUAUAAUUCACUGAGCGCACGCAUGCUACGAUUUUUAUACUUUAAAAAUCAUAGAUAUUGUACAAAUUUCUUAAAAUGUGUUGCAAAUGCGUGUUAUAAUGAUACUUUUAUUGAGUAUAAUUUGAAUACUGUAACAAAUUUUUAAAAAAGAAUCUCGAUUUUGCUUUUUAUCAAUAAUUUAUAUUAUAACUAUUGAAAAACAAUAUAAAAUGAAAUGAUAAUUAAUUUCGAAUGAUAGAUAUGUAGUUUAGCAAUAAUUAAUGAAUUUUAUGAUCAUAAAUUUUAACAGCAUUAAGCAUUAUAAUUUUUCGAAGAUGUUUAAUCUAUCUAUAAUAUAAUGAUAUAAUAAUACAAGCAGUAUUAUAUGUAUGUAUUUAAAUAAUGACAGAUAUUUAUAUAUAUUUUUUAAUUUGCAUGAUGCUAUAAUAUUUGGUUUGAAUAUUUUUUAGGAAUCAUAAUUAAAGUCAAUCUAGCUAACGAUGGACACAGUGCCUCAUUAUCUCAUAUUUCAAAGUACAAAUGUACAUACAUAUAUGGUAUAAAAUAAAAUUACUUUCGUGAAACAUUUCAAAAUCCUGCGAAAUUUAAAAUUCAAUCAAAGUAAAGUAUGAGAUACUUAUGCACUUAAAAUUUCUUAAAGUGUCAUUUCAAUGUAUUUAAAUGGUAUGAAAUAUAAUCUUUUAUUUUUCGUAUUGACUGAAUUAUACAAACAAUCUUACAAGUUUCAAUUCUUUUGUAAUGGAACUUAGUAUUAAAACUAAAAAUAUUAUGUAAUAUAUGAAUGAAAUGCAUAGAAUAUAAUUUUUAAGUAUUUGGUUUCGUAAUAGUAGCUGAUCCUCUAUUUUUCUAUAGCUAUAGAAAUGUUAUAAGUAAAAGUGAAUUCAUGUGCCAAAAACAUAUGUGUAUUAGUGUACUUUUAUGAACAGUAUUCAAACAAGAAGGUUGUAUAAGAAUUUUAAAGACUUCUCUAUUUAAAUUAUCUGCUUUUUCUAAAACUUUCAUUAUUAUUGGUAUUAAAAUUUUACUUACCUCAGUUAAGACAAGAGGCAAAUAGAUUAAUAUUAAUUGCUUACGAAUUUAAAUUAAUUUAUUAAUAAAAUAUCAUUUUUUAUUUGGCUUGAAUAAUAAUAUACACUUUAAUCUUUUCAUUUUCAAUAUACUUCAUACUAUUUUUAAACCAUAAAUACAUUUAAAUAUUUUUGUUAUUUAAACAUUAGGAUAUAUAUUUGUUACAUGUAAUGUGUGUGUCAUCACACAAAAAUAGACAAAAAGGAAAAUAAUAUAAAUUGUAAUUAUAUAAUCAUAUAAUUUAUAUUAUAUAAUUACAGUUUAUAUUAUUAUAUAAUUAUAUAUAUAUAUAUAUAUAUUAUAAUUAUAAAAAAAUCAAAAUAAUAUAUUUGUUCCAAUGUGUAUGUAUUUCAUGAUGCGAGAAAUAUACAUAUAUAUGAUGAAACUUUAUUAUUAUGUAAAUGUAAGUAUGUAUGAAACUUUAGUAUAGUAUUGUGAAAAUAAAUGUAAAUGCAAUAAAUACAUUUAAGUUUAUAUUAUUAUAUGAAAAGUUUUCUCUUGAUUGUUUAUAAGUUUAUAAUUAAAAUACAUAGUUAUGAUUGCAAUAAUUCUUUUUUUCAAUUACAAGUGUAAGGUCACACGCACCGUAGACUACUAUGCAUAAAAAAUAUAGUAUUCGUAUAUCGUAUGUCACCGCACGAGAUCAUCCGAUUUUUUCCGGGCCACCCGGAACACUCGAGUAUCCGUGAUCCCGAUGGUUGGACGCCAAUGUGUUUAAUCACUUCAAUGGUUUUGGCAGAGAUAAUUAAGAUGAGCGUCAAGUAUACGUAUACAUAAUUAUCAAUGAUGUUAGGUCUAUCUUAUUUAUAGUUUUAUGCCCAUGAUCAGAAGUUAAAUGCGAGUAAAUAGCAAUUUAUUGACAGUAGACGUACAUGACACUUGCCAUCUUAUAUGUCGCAAACACGAGUUACGAGUUAAGUAGAUAACUCUGUAUUCCCAUAUUCUGUAUUUUCCCUAUGUUAAUUGUUAUU